AUCGACAUGACAUCGGAACCAAAGAAACAAUGGGACAAAAGAGGGGGCGACGGUGGGAGAGAUCCAAUAUGUCCUUGGUGCAACGACCACGUAGCCUUUGUACAUAGUUAUCAAUUUAAGUUAAUUCCACUCACUAGAUGAGUUAAUCUGUAAUUAAAUUAAGUCAAUUAAAUUAAUUGUUUGUACGUAUGCUGUUCGAUAAUGCUGUGUGAUUCAUUGAAUAAAGUGAAUAUUUAUUUUCUAUAGAAACGAGGAUUAUUUCUUUAACGAUAUUUACUUGUUCCCCAUAAAGUUGCAAAGUUUCUUCGCCGACCAUCUCGGUGUCAACGAGUGUAUCUUUUAACGAGAAGUAGUAGAUUAAGGGGUCUAGACGAGACGCACCUCUCACCUUUAAGCUGCGAAUUUUCAUAGCGUGAACUUUGAAAUAAGGUCAAAUUGGUUUUGCGUCAUUGCCGGAUUAGAGAAUAGGAUGCUCUCAUUCGAAAUCGUCGUUAGAGAUGAUAACGAUUAAUCAGACAAACGAUUCGUUGCUUCUUUUGCUCGAGUUUUAUCGUUCGUAUUCUCGACGUACCGCCGGUGAUACAAUACAAUCUUAACUUUGUUCGCGAGGUCAAUUCGACCUAUAAGAGAAUCAUUAAAAAUAUCACCUGGAUUUCAGCGCAAUUGCAAAGACGUUCCGCGAAUGCGUUUCUAGAUAUAGAAAUAGAAACUAAACGAGAGAAGAUAGAUUUCUCUCGGGGUUAACGAGGAGAUAGCGUGCCGAUUCUAGUAAAAAUCCAUGCUCCCUCGUUAAACCGAUGAACUUGUCAGAUCGAGACAUCACCGAUUAUCAGGAAAGGAAAUUGCAAUCACGCACACGCACCGUGGCCGUGUGAUGUUAUGCGAAUCGACGAUACGGUUUAACAGGAUGCGUAAUUCUUUAACCGUGUAUCAUCUGAAAGCACAACAUACGAGAAAGAAUGACAUUUUCUUUCCGAACCACGACCUAUCGUUCGCAGAGAUUUCUCUAAUUAAAGUGGAAACUUACGCUGACGUCAAUGCUACGGUUCGUUUGUGUCAGGCUCCUUUGGACCCUCUCUCUUUUAGCUUCGAUCAACCCUCGGACGACAGACCGUCGAGAUUAUUAAUUUAACUAUCGGAAUUUCACGAUUCGCUCAUCUACGCUGUUCGAGGGUUAAUCACCCUACGCCAGUCAUUUGGAAACUUUCAAUUCAUUUGGAUGAGAGCGAGGGAGGAUUGCGGGUCAAGGUCUUCGACAUUCAAUGUUAACUGGCAUUGACAGGGUUUCUUUAAACGCUCUUCCGCAGGCUAUUCUACACGCUAAGGGAAACUUCUUAUAUUUAACUCGAGAAACAACAAAGAAAAUCGAAAUAUUUUUUUCCAAUUUUCCUCUUUGUCCCCUCAAUCGAUAACGAUCUAAUUAAUUAUUCUAAAACGAAAGCAAAAAAAAUGGAGGAAGUAAUCGUACACGUGAACUUACGAGCGGUGAUGCUCAAAAACCGGAUAUCCGGUUUGCGAUCAACUGCGCAAGAACGGAGGAAGAACGAGGGUUGGAGAAAGUGGAAGCGGUGAUUCUAGCAAAAGAUUCGAGUCGCUACCAGAGAACUGCACAAUUCUUUUUUUGAAACUUCCUGUAGAAUUAAAUAAGAAAAAAUGUCACAGAAUUCAAUACCGGAUAUGUAGACACGAAUGCGAUAAAAGAAUUCAGAUUAUAAUUCUUUAAGUGAACAUUCUCGGUCAAUCAUUCCCAAAAUUUCUCAUAAAUCAUCAAUGUUCUAAACACAUUUGUUAAGGCUUUCUAAAAUUGAUUGAUAAAAUUAAGUCGCAUAUUCGCGGGAAGUAAAUUGUUCGCUAAGUUAAACGGGAUAGAGUGGAACAGCCAUCGCUAGUCGAUCGAGUGAACAAGGGGGUGUAGAUUGCGCGGGCGCACUGUCAGGACUAUCGAUUUCGCGAGCAAAAGGUGCCACACGGUUGGCCAUCGAUUCGACGCUCGUCUAAAAGGAUUGUAGCUGGUGAUUCCCAAAAGACGAGACGACGGUUCGGUCAAGGAAUUGCUCUCCGAUCCGCGAAACAAGUACCGAUUCGACGAAUCGGUCAGAGGGUUGGAUCCGUGGACGUCGGAUAACUGUUACGUGCGUGUCCGUCCACGAAAGACGAAGAACGGAAGGGGCUAAGGAAGGUAGACCUCGACCCUAGUCAUGCAGAACUAUGGACACGAAAACUACGAUUAUGGGUCUAUCGAGGGAACCUCGCAACAGGCAGGCGGUAGAUCGUUACCACAGGUACCAGGUGCUCGACCCAUGGUGGAUCCCGAGGCCCAAGGCGAGGUCGACCCUACCUUGUAUCCGCAACCAAAAGAGGCGACGCAUAAGAUUCGUGGCAAGAGCGACGUGAUCGAAUACCUGUUUGGUUCCGUCGAUCAGGAACUUCUCACUGUGAAAACCUUUUAUUUUUUCUUCUACUCGGCCUUUGGCUCCCUCUUUCCUUUGAUGGGAGUCUACUUCAAGCAGAUGGGCAUGAACGCCGGUCAAUGUGGUCUCUUGAUGGGACUUAGGCCUUUGGUCGAGUUCCUCAGCGCUCCUUUCUGGGGCUCGCUAGCCGACAGAUGGCAGAAAGGUAAGAUGAUGCUUCUAGCCUCUCUUUCCUGCUGGAUUAUCUUCACCCUUCCUCUGGCCUUCAUGCAACCACCGGCCACGUCCUGCGUGGUUUUACGCAACAACACCGUCUACUUGGAAUCCCCGAAUCCCAAAACUAGGAUAGUCAAGAGAUCGACCAAUUUCGAUGAAUUUUACCAUCGAGGCGACAACGAUUGCCUGGAAGUAGCCGCGAACGUCGUGUUCGAGAGGCUGCGUAAAAACGACGACACGAUAGACUCACUGAACAGGUUGCGUUUGCAACCGAACAAGACUUCCUCGACGAGCAACGUCAGAAGGAACGAUCGAAACUCCAUCCAUAAGAAAACUGAGGAUCUGAAUAAUAAUAGAAUUCGAAGAGAAGCUUCGACAGAGAGUACGAGCACCGAGGAGAGCCCUAUAGAAGAUCUCAAGUACAAACAGCUGGUGUUCGAGGAGAACGCGAACGAUCCUGAAGCCAAAACCAUCGAUUUCGAGACCCUCCAAAGGAGAAACCGUCCAGCCGACGUGCUCGAGUACAAACGUUUCCUUAAUAAUCAACCCCUGGACGAUGGAACACCGCCGAAGAAGGCGUACACUCACACGAAAACCAGAGCGAAACCUCCGCCGAUGAAAGUUAUGGUGAAGCGAGACACCAGUGACGAAAUAAUUAAAGAUAAUCAAAUUCUGUCCGAGUCUAGUCAACCAUGGUCGACCAUGAAGACUCCACGGAAGCUGACGUUAAUGGACGACGAAGAGAUGGAUGGGGACAAAGGUGAGGCUGUUGACGUGCCACUGGUUAGGAGUAAACGUUACGUUUGGGUGCCACAUUCUGGAAAAAGUCCUCACUCGGUUUCUUAUGCUGCGAAUUACAACGAACAAGAAAAUAAGGGCUGGGUAAAGCCGCUCUUCAGCUCCAUUGUCUAUAGAUUGCCGGACAUUCAAAAAACCUUCUUCUUACUGUUGCUGUUAGUGAUAGUUGGAGAAUUCUUCUCAGCUCCAGCGAUAACGUUGGCAGAUUCAGCUGUUAUUACUUUGUUAGGCGAGGAUGCGGACAGAUAUGGUCACCAGCGAAUGUUCGGUAGUUUAGGCUGGGGUCUAGCUAUGUUCUUCGUUGGUAUCGCUUUGGAUCACAGUACUGCCUUCACCGAGCAUCCAUGCGGUCCUGACGCCAGGGAGAAGAAUUACACGAUCUGUUUCGCGAUCUUCAGCGUCCUGAUGGGCGCAGCAUUGAUCACUGCCACGCAAAUCAAUUUCAAGUACGAUGUGAUUGAAACGGAACCGGAAGUGAUCAAACCACCUGCUGAACCAACCAGAGAAGAACAACUGCAGAGCCAACUGUCUCAACAGUUGAAUCUUCCUAGUCUUCAGGAUUCAUCGGCUGCAGUGAAUCCAAAGCCUCAACCUCCAGAGGGCAAAACAAAAAUGUUCGCUCAAACGAUGCGAGAAAUCCCAGAAUGGGUGACCGUGUUGAAGCAAUUCAAAGAUUUGAAGUGCGCCUCUUUCCUCUUCGUCGCCUGGUUCAUGGGUUUCGGUAUCGGCUUGAUCUUCACCUUCCUGUUCUGGCACCUCCAGGACUACGGCGGCACACCCACCUUGUUUGGCGUUGCUUCUGUGAUCAACCACGUCUCGGAGAUAUUCGCCUACUUCUUCAGCUUCAAGUUGAUCCGUCAGAUCGGUCACGUGAAGGUGUUGUGCAUGGGACUUGGUGGUAACGUGAUCCGUUUCCUCUACAUAUCCUGGCUGACGACACCAUGGUGGGUUCUACCUUUCGAAUUCAUUCAAGGAAUAACCCACGCCGCUGUGUGGGCCGCGUGUUGCAGUUACAUUUCGCACAACACACCAACACACUUGCGCACCAGCGCCCAGGGGGUUCUUCAAGGUAUACAUCAUGGUCUUGGCAGGGGAUGCGGUGCAGUUAUCGGUGGCAUGUUCGUCGAUGCAUACGGAACGACCGCGACGUUCAGAGCGUACGGCCUGAUCUGCCUGGUGGUUCUGGGUGUUUUCGUGUUCAUCAACUUCUACAGGAAGGAUACGGGCUUCGUAUCGGACCUACCGCCAACGGAGGAUCCGCAUCAGGUGGCUGAAGCGACGCAUUUGGCACCCCACGGAGUACCUAGCAACGCGAUUCCUCGUGCCCUCAGCUCUACUCGCCUGCACGAGCUGGGUAAUCAAGACUACCAGGCAAACACGAGGUACCAAAACAGGCUUCAACCUACUGACGGUCCUAACAUCGGUGCAAAUGGAGGCGUGGUGAACCCAACGAAUCCAUUCCUGAACGGUGGAGGCGGCGGUGGAGGUGGCUAUAAUUACGGUAUGACUGGCAAAGGCGAGGACGAGUAUAUCCGUAGGAGCUUCCAGCUCUACAAUGAAGUGAUCAGCAGAGAAUUCGACCUGAUUAAACCACCGCCGAUAGUGACCCACCUACACGCUCAACAACCAUGCACCAACCCCUUCCAUCAGCACGAUUACGAGUGGUAACAGUCCGGGAUGUUCGAUCCUACUUGAGGAGAUCAGGAUAACGGGAGAUGCUGAUCAGAUCACGGGAAACUGAUCUGAAGAACCAAGAAUCGAGCUGGACCAGACUCGAAGAGACGGAACAUUUUUUACUCGGUUACCAAAAAGCAAACCCUAGAAACUUCGCGGUACCCCGUCGAUCAAUAUCGUUCGCCGUCAUCGAAUCAUCAGACUGGAUCACUGAGAUGCUCUCACAAAUUACUCUCAACGCUUUCACGUCAGUUUCGUGACUUUGGUACGUGGAUUUUUUUUAAAAAGAUAAAUCUAUCGGUAGUCUCUGAUCGGGAAUGCGUGCAAUUGAUAAGGAUCGAUAUCGAUCGAGGGGGUAUCGAACGGUUUCUGUAUAAAACGGGGAGAUUGACGUCUAUGUCGCGUAGAGGAUCGAGUUUCUCGACGAGAAUAGGCGCGAAACGAAAUAAAUACCAUCCGAUCGAUGUAUUUUACUAGAGGCGAGAAUAGGAUGUAUGUACAGCGGGGAGAGCGGCGGUAUCUUUCGUGACUAUCAAUCUAUCUACAUAGUAUACCUGACACGUGUAGUAAGGCACAACACGAUCUGCGGGGUCGCUUCAACGAAAACAUUUAUCCUAUUUAAUGGACUUGCAUUUCACGGUGUCGUUUGGGCGUUUCUUUGUCGAUUAACGAAUAUGAACACGAUGAGAUUAAGAUCUUAAAGAGGUCUGAGGAUCAGCUGAUAUUCGGUGUUUGCAAUGGUAGGCUUCGAAGCGUGGUAUGUUUGAAAGUCUGGAGGCCUGAAAACCUCAGGGAUUCUAAUACUGUUCAAGAAAUUGACGAAAGGGAUGAAACUCAAACGAUGCCAUGUGCCCUGAUGCAAGCAACUCGAUGUAUUAUUGUGUAUCUACGUGCGAUCGCGUGUUCUGCUUCUCUCGUUUCAUCGUGAUUCUGGAUCACACGUCUAUAUCCACUAUCCCUCUCGGCGUAAGAAUCGAAUUAGGCUGUCGACGGAGGUCGUCGGCGAUAUCAUUGUAAAUACUUAUCUUCUAUUUCUCUCUCUCUCUAACGCGCGUGUGAAUAUUAGAAUUAAAAAAAAGAAAAAAAAAAAUGAAAGCCCUGUUCCUUGUUCUCGUUCACUGUUAUUUUCUGUUUCUAGGCUGAACGUUACUUGUUGCGUGUUAUAUCUGUAAAAUGUUUCACUUGUAACCGUGUAGUCUAUUCGAGUAUAGAGCUCGUCGAGGUACUCUCUUAUCGUUUAAAGCAACCACGUUUCUUGCGUGAGAUAGGUGUAUAAAUAUUGUUGAAACUGAGAGACGAUGAUUAAAUCGGAUUCUUGAUCGAUAACGGAAACGAGGAUACUCGCGAAGGGAACCUAACUCCUUGCACGACUGAUCGGAAAGGAAUCGAAGCUUUUGUUUUGAAGGAAAUCGAGAGGAAAAAUAAGAAUAUACGAUUCGUGUUUAUUGGCGAAGAGUUUUCAAGUCUCCAAGUUUCCAAACAUCCAACUUUCCAAGCUUCCAAAUUUCGUAACGAAAGGAAACCCUUCUGAAGACCCUGGAUUCGAUUCGAUUCGGUUCGGUGCGUGAACUAAGCCUAAACGAAGCAGAAUCUCGUUUUCCGAGGCACAAGCUAGAUACUUUAACACCUUAUCGACGACUGACAUCCUUUAGUAUCGAACUGAAAUUACAAAAGAAAACGUCCCAUAUGAAUACUCGUCAACAGCCUCGUCGAUAGAGUGUUAAUCAGAGUUCAACCUAAAAGAUGAUAAGACAUAGGCGUCGUAUGCAACCGAGUGCUUUAGCUCAGUAUUGUUAUAUAAAAUACAACUAUAUAUAUAUAUAUAUAUAUUUAAUCGUAAGAGUGUGGGUCAGAAUGAAUUCGUGUCUAAGGGUGCGUUUCAACAACCACCCUGGAUUAGUUUUCGAGGACAUCUUCCACCGAAAUCGAGCAUAAACUUAGGGAAAUAUAACAAGUAUGAAACGAACAGAUAAUCAUAAUGAUUGGAAGAGAAUUUUCAUCGGAACCAGAUGGAAAUAAAAAGAGAUUCAACAA